AUGUGGAUAUUAGCGGUAAAUUAUCUUUUCUUACCAUUUACUGCUGUCUACAGCCAAGGUGAUAAUGGUACAGGUCUGUGUCCGACCUCUUGGACCGCAUAUGAAGGAAGCUGCUACACACUCCUAAGUGGGAAUAGUUCUUGGCAUGAAGCAAAGAGUCGUUGUGAAGAAGAAAACGCAAACUUGGUUACCAUUUCCUCAGCGCAGGAAAAUAUUUUCGUUAGUGCUCAUACAGACGAUUGUCAAAAGAUUUGGAUCGGUCUUAAUGAUAAUCGUGUAGAGGAUACCUGGCAAUGGUUAAGCAAUGAAACUUUCAAUUUUUCUGCUUGGAUGAAAGAUCAACCAAACAACGCUAAUAGUAAUCAAAAUUGCGUCGAACUUAAACCGAGCACUAGAAAGUGGAAUGAUAAGAAGUGCAAAAAGAACAAUCCCGCAUACUGUGAAAAAGGCUAG